AUGUUUCUAGAUGAUGGCUUUGGCACUGAUGGUACAUUACAGAGCACAUUAAAGUUGUCACAUGACAUCAAGCAGGAUUUACUUGAUUCUGGUUUAAUCCCUAAAGCUGGUAAAUCAUUGUGGGAGCCUGUACAAGUGCUAGAGUGUUAUGGCGAAGAGAUAGAGGAGCUGCCGGACGUCUUGGUGGACAAGGUCUCCUUGCUGACGGGAUUACUCGAAGAGUCGCGAGCCAAAAGUACAUGUGAUUCCUAUAAACGAGGAUUCCGACGUUGUGCGGCAGGGGCUUUGAGUAAUGGACUUACCAUUCUUCUCAAGAAGGAACGACACAGUGGAGAGUUUAAGAAGACAUCAAUAGAAAUCCAUGACAAUAAUGCUGCACUCAUGAAAGAUUCCUCGGCUGGUGUUGAAGAAGCACUUGUGAAAAAACCCUCCUUUGAUGUUAACGACAGUGGCAAAGACACACAAUCACAAAAGGGCAACGUUUCUAGUGGGUCAAUGACUGGACGGGAAGUUGGACAAAGACACCGUCGAUCGGGCGAGACCCCCCAAAUUGCCUUUACCGUUUCCGUUUCAACCAAACAAAUCGAGAACCUUGGCAAACAUCAGACUAUCGUAUUUGACCAUGUGAUCACCAAUGUAGGGAGCAUGUACAACCCUUUGACUGGUAUAUUCCAUGUUCCAUACUCGGGAACAUAUGUCUUUAGCUUGACUUUCAACCCCGGGAAGUUGAUGGAAUCAGACACCUACCUAGAAAUUGUUCAAAACGGUGCACAAUUGGCAGAUGUCCUUGUCGAGAACAGUGCUCGAGAUUCUGCUGGCAACUAUAUAGGAUAA